AUGACCGAAGUCGACGACUUUGAGAUAAUUCGACGAUUUCUAAAGCCAAAUAUGCUCAACUUGUUGACAUUACAAGCCGAACUCGCAGGUAUCGAAGUGAAUUAUGAAGCCACCUGCUAUAUAUAUGACAGUAGCAGUGAUACACAGGAAGAAGGAUUCACACAGAGCCUCUAUGCACUGCGGGAGUUCGAACAGUUGUCUCCCGGCUCACAACUGCAACUGCUAGAUAGAAUUAAUGAUACACUUCACAAGUAUAAUGAAGAAAUAUGGGGCAAGCUAUCAGGUUCGGAUGCCAAAACUAGUACCUCAGAUCAAGUGACUCUUAUUCAGAGAGAAAGUGGGUUUUCGAGAGGAGUUGUUGUUACUCUAGUCUUUCUUUAUGAUCUUAUAUGGAGGCGUUAUCGAAAUAGAACCAAAAGAGUUGAUAUUGAACGGAAUCAAACGUAUUAUUCCGAAUUCAAUGUCAGAUCGGCGGCUAAAGUGCUCACUUCGGUUCUUGCUUCCCUUUUCCCGGGAAUUGUGAUAUUAGCAUUAUACCUCAUCGAUACCACGUUGAAACGAAUAGGCGCUAUGCUUUGCUUCACGACGUUCUUUGCAUUUGUCGCUGUAGAAGUUGUAUUUAUUGGAAGUGCAAGCACCAAAUGA